GAGAUGCAGCUGCUUCUGCUAGCACCCCUGCUGCUGGCCCCGCUGCUUGGGCGCUCGGCCCAGAAGGAGAGGCGGCCCAGGCGGCAGAGCACAGUGUGGGGCCCCUGGGGCGAGUGGAACCCCUGCAGCCGGACCUGCGGAGGGGGCAUCAGCUUCCGGGAGCGUCCCUGCUACUCCCACAGGCAAGAUGGAGCAGCCGGCUGCGUGGGCCCUGUCCGGACCCACCGCACCUGCAGCACAGAGGAGUGUCCNNNNGGCGCCCGCGACUUCCGGGCCGAACAGUGUGCAGAGUUCGAUGGCACCGAGUUCCAGGGUCGGCGCUACAAGUGGCUGCCCUACUACGGGGCGCCACACAGGUGCGCUCUGAACUGCAUUGCCAAGGGGGAGAACUUCUACUACAAGCACAAGGAGGCCGUGGUGGAUGGGACCCCCUGUGAGCCUGGCAAACGGGAUGUCUGUGUGGACGGCAGCUGCCGGGUUGUCGGUUGUGACCACAAGCUAGACUCACAGAAGCAGGAGGACAAGUGUCUGCGGUGUGGGGGUGACGGCACCACCUGUUACCCGGUCACAGGCACCUUUGAGGCCAGUGACCUCCGCAGAGGCUACAACCAGCCCUGUCCACAGACCAAGCGCUGGAAAAUGGGACCGUGGACCCCCUGCUCAGCCUCCUGUGGGGGCGGCACCCAGUCCCGCCCCGUCUACUGCAUCACCGUCAGUGGCACAGGGGACCAGGAGGCCAUCAACGAGGCCGAGUGCACAGGCCUGCCUGGGAAGCCCCCUGCCACACAGGCCUGCAACCUCCGGCGCUGCGCAGCCUGGCAUUCGGAGCCCUGGGGGGAGUGUUCGGCGAGCUGUGGCUCUGGCGUCCGGAGACGGACCGUGACCUGCCGGGGCGACGAGGGGUCUGAGCUGCAUGCUACAGCAUGCCCCUCGGACCAGCCGCCUCUCACAGAACCCUGUGUGCGAGACGACUGUCCCCUUGGUGACCAGGCCUGGCAGAUUGGCCCCUGGAGUCCAUGCUCCACGAGCUGUGGCUCAGGCACUCGGGAGCGGCAGGUCCGCUGUGCCCUGGGGCCACCCAGCUACUGUGAGAGCCUGCGGCUGCCCAGGCCCGCGGAAACGGAGCGCUGUCACACCCAGCCCUGCCGCCCAGCUCAAGAGGCCCUCAGCCAGCCGGAAGUGCACACCGGCCCCAGGGACCCCAGGAUAUCUUUGGGUGUUUGGGAGGCCCCUGGCUCAGAAUCCGGAAGCCAGCGGUGGAUAGCCCAGGGGCGACCCUCUGCCUGGAGUAACCCCAGAGGAGAUCGGGGGCCACACUUUGCGGCCCUGGGCCCAGCCCCAUCCCUGCAGCAGCCCCUGGGGUCAGACUCGGGGCCCAAAGACUGCAGGCACAGCCCCCACGGGUGCUGCCCCGACGGCCACACUGCCUCUCUCGGGCCUCAGUGGCAGGGCUGCCCUGAGGUCUCAUGUCGACACAGUAGGUAUGGGUGCUGCCCUGACGGGGUGUCGGAGGCUCGGGGGCCCCAGCAGGCUGGCUGUGCGAGGCCGCCUGGCGGUGAUGGCGCUGGGAACAGGCUGGGGUCGGGAGCUGUGCCGGCCGCAGUCCCCCAGGCGCAGCAGACCCAGCCCAGUGCAUGCAGGGGCUCACAGUUCGGCUGCUGCUAUGACAACGUGGUCACGGCGGCUGGCCCCCUGGGCGAAGGCUGUGUGGGCCAGCCCAGCUAUGCUUAUCCAGUGCGGUGCCUGCUGCCCAGCGCCCACGGCUCCUGUGCAGACUGGGCUGCCCGCUGGUACUUCAUCGCCACUGUGGGCCGGUGUAACCGCUUCUGGUAUGGUGGCUGUCACGGCAACGCCAAUAACUUCGCCUCGGAGGAGGCGUGCAUGAGCAGCUGCCGGGGCUUCCAGCCCGGCGCCUCCGUCCAGAGCAGUGCCCUGGGCGGGGGCCAGCAGGAAGCCAGUCGGCACAGGCUUGGGGCCACAAGCCAGGGCCAGCGGGACCACGAGACUGGCAUGGGUGGCAAUGCUGGGCAGCCAGCACCAGCGUCCCGGAGGCCUGCUCACAGGGUCAGCUUGGCCACCUCCCAGCCCAGCCUGGUGCAAGCUGCCCUGGGGCGGUUUGUGCAGCUCUUCUGCCCAGAGGACACCCCCCUGGCCCCCAGUGCUGGGUGGCACAAGGAUGGUCAGCCCGUCUCUUCUGACAGGCACAAGCUGCAGGCAGACGGCUCCCUGGUCAUCAGCCACCUGCAGGCAGAGGACGCUGGCACCUAUAGCUGUGGCAGCACCAGGCCCAGCCGAGGUGUCCAGCUUCUCAUCACAGGGCGUGGCUUGGCAGUGCAGUCUGAGACAGAGCUGAGGCACUCCCCCCAGCCCAGGGACCCCGCCCAGAGCCAUGGCAUGGCUGGAGGCCUGGGGGGCUUGUCAUCCUCACACCCACGGAGCACAGCCAGAGCCAGGAAGAGUCUGUCUCCCUUCCUCUGCCACACCCGACCCUCUCCCCUUGCCUGCCUUUGGGCUGGAGCUGCUGACCAUCCUUGUCCCAGGCACCGGCAGCAGCCCGACGGCUCCCUGGUGAUCAGCCCCGUGGUGCAGGAAGAUGGCGGCUUCUAUGCUUGUGUUGCCUUCAACGGGCAGGACCGAGACCAGCGGUGGGUCCAGCUCAGAGUCCUGGGGGAGCUGACCAUCACAGGGCUGUCUCCUACCGUGACAGUGUCAGAGGGGGACACCGCUAGGCUGCUGUGUGAGGUGGCAGGAGAAAGCGUGAACAUCAGAUGGUCCAGGAACGGGCUGCCCGUGCGGGCCGAUGGGGAUCGUGUCCACCAGUCUCCAGAGGGUACCCUACUCAUCUACAACUCUCAGGCCAGGGACGAGGGCUCCUACACCUGCAGCGCCUACCGCGGGAGCCAGGCCGUCAGCCGCAGCACUGAGGUGAAGGUGGUCGCUCCGGUGCCAGCUAUCCAGCCAAGGGACCCUGGCAGGAGGGAGUGCAUCGACCAGCCUGAGCUGGCCAACUGUGAGCUCAUCCUGCAGGCCCAGCUCUGUGGCAAUGAAUAUUACUCCAGCUUCUGCUGUGCCAGCUGCUCCCGUUUCCAGCCGCACGCGCAGCCCAUCUGGCAGUAGGGAGGACGGCUAUGAAGGUCAGCCCCGACACAGUUCUUGGGGCUGGGAGACUCACUCUCGGCCUCUCCUCUAUGGUGGACAAAGAACAACUUCUGGAGACACUUUCCUUCCCCAAGCCCUCCGCAGGACCAGCCUUCCCCCGGGGUCUUCAGAAGUGUUUGUCUGUCUGCCAGAACCACCAGAUGCUGCCGAGUUUCCCAGAAGAGGAUUCUAUUUGGUUAAGGACCACCUUUACUUGCGAAGUUCCCUCCACAAGUUCUGUCACUCAGGAGCAAUUCAUUGUGUUUCAAAGCCAGUUCUCUGGGCUCUCACUUGAAUUAAAGCUGGGGGAGAGGUACGUAUGGCUUCAAAGUUGUUGCUAGUUGCCGUCAAGUCGGCCGGCACUGAUGGCCAUCCCACGUGUGACAGAGGAAAUGGGUCCUGGACCUGUGCGUUGGGCGUUCUCCACAAGCAUUGGUAUGUUUUGAGUUCACUGUGACUACUGUGUCGAUCCAUCUCUUUGAAGGUUUCCUUGCUGACCCUCCGCUUUACCAAGCAUGAUGGCCUUUGCCAGAGAUUGGUCUUUUUGAUGAUGAGUGUAGUACAUGUGGCCAAGUCCCGUCAUCCUCCCUUUCAGGAGAGCUCUCGACUGUGUACUUUUUUAUUUUUUGAGUUUACCUAUAAAGAAUUUAUUGAAGAUAUUCUUUCACUGACUAUUAAUACAAAAAUAUACAUAUAAAAUAUAUGUAAUGCAUAGAAAUAACACUACAGCACAUUUUCAAAAUCCCCUGAAUGCCCAUCUCUAAUCCCAUUCCGAUUUCAUUGACUGUAUCCUUCUAAGAUUGACUCAUCCGUGCUUCUGGUAGCCCAUAGGAUAUUCAAAAUUCUUUGUGUACACCAAGUUCUAUUUCAUUGUCCAACUUUUGUAUUCGUGUGAAGUGAUUAAAGUGCACCUGACCCAA